GAAAGGAAUGAGGUGCGCGGAAGUAAACGAAGCGGGAUUUGAAAAGAUAAAAGUGCGUUUGUUUGGUUAUUUUUCCUUAACAAACUAAUACAAAAUGAUAAACAAAGCGCCGAAACUGAGAUACGUCAUAAAGAGGAAAACGACGAGUGACGUCAAUGUGGCUGCUGCGUCCGAGGCGAUGGUGGAAUUGGCUGCAGUUUUGUUCUUAAACAGUUUGGCGGAGGAGGCGAGAGGGAAAGCGUUUGAAGAGAAAACAGCGAUUAUCAAAGCUCAUCACGUCCGAGCAGUUGGCAAGAAAAUGCUGAAAAAAGCACGAGGAUGAAGAUGAUGACCUGUAUUGUCACCAGCAACGCCACUUUUUUUUUUUUUUUGCUUUGGGGGGUUGUUUGUCUUCUAUUUAAAAAUCCGGUAAAUUCUCACCAGUUUUCUUAGUAGUUAUUCUUUCAUAUCACUCACUCUCUGCCAGAAAGAUAAAGUAUUCAUUUCUUCUUUUGUCCUUGUUCAUAAUUUGAAUUUUCAGCUCCACUUUGAUUCUGUCUUUGAUUUAUUUGUUUCGCUUUCUCUCUACACAAAUUGGGCAUUUUAAGCUUUGUAUUCCAGUCAAAAAAUACAAUUUUGGAAACUUUAUUGACAUAAUUAGAGUUCUAAAAAUGGAUUUAUUAUUAUUAUUAUUUUUAAAUUAAAUAUUAAUUGUUUUUCAAAUUUGCCUGCUUUGAGUGAGUCUUUUUCUGGUGGAAUCAUUCAUUUUAAUCUUUAAAAUGUUAAUAAUAGUAAAAAAAAAAAAAAAAAAGCAGAUUUUUCAAAACUCCAAGGAGACAAACAACAAUAAUUUUUAAUUCAUUUCUAAAU